CAAAUUUAGACCCAGAAACAAAAUGAAAUUUUACAAACAGAGGCUUUCAGUUAUCUGUUACCCUGGAGCGGAGUGACAGAGGGAGUCGCCAUGGCGACCCUGAAACUUCCACCAUAUUCCGCCCACAUCCUCCCCGGCGGAAAACCUCUUUUCUCAUUUCCUGCUUCAACUCCCUUCUUCGCCAAAUCAGCUUCCCCUCUCUUCCCCGAUUACAAAUUAGCGAUGCCCACCGGUUCAACUACAAGAGUUGUAAGACUUUUUGGUCCUGGUAUCCUACUGUAUCAACAUAAAAAGGCUAAAGGACUGAGUGCUCAGCAGUUCAUAACAAGAAGUUCAUCAGCAUCAGUACAGCCUGUAACUGAGGCAUCGGUGGAGAAUAAAUCCAAGGAUCUCCCUGUUACUGGAGACUCCAUAAGACGUCGGUUCCUUGAUUUUUACGCUUCUCGUGGUCACAAGGUCCUACCAAGUUCUUCUCUUGUGCCAGAUGAUCCUACAGUUUUACUAACAAUAGCGGGAAUGCUUCAGUUUAAGCCCAUAUUUCUUGGAAAGGUUCCCAGACAAAUACCUCGUGCAACAACAGCACAAAGGUGCAUACGUACAAAUGAUGUAGAGAAUGUUGGGCGAACAGCUCGACACCACACAUUCUUUGAGAUGCUCGGGAACUUCAGUUUCGGAGAUUACUUCAAGAAAGAUGCAAUUAAGUGGGCUUGGGAGCUUUCAACAGUGGAAUUUGGCUUGCCUGUUGAAAGACUAUGGAUUAGCAUCUACCAGGAAGAUGAUGAAGCUUUUGACAUAUGGCAUCAUGAGGUGGGUGUUCCUGUUGAGCGGAUAAAGAGAAUGGGUGAAGAUGACAACUUUUGGACAAGUGGAGCUACUGGCCCUUGCGGUCCAUGCUCUGAGAUUUAUUAUGAUUUCCAUCCUGAGAGGGGAUCUUUGGAUGUGUUUUAUGCUGAAUCAGGUGGUCAGAUAGGGGAUUGUGGUUUUUUAUACGUAACUGGAAGUGAAAACCAACGGACGGCUGUUGUUGAGAUAAAAGAUGUUCAAAAGUCUCUAGGUAACAUUUUUGUUCACAAGGGCACUAUUAGAGAAGGUGUUUUGGAAGUUGGCAAGGAAGUGGAAGCUGCAGUGGAUGCAAAACUAAGACAGCGAGCUAAGGUUCAUCAUACUGCUACUCAUUUGCUACAAGCUGCACUUAAAACAGUGAUAGGACAGGAAACGUCACAAGCUGGUUCAUUGGUGGCAUUUGAUCGGCUUAGGUUUGACUUUAACUUUCACCGACCACUUCUCGACAGUGAGCUAGAGGAAAUUGAAGGACUGAUCAAUGGGUGGAUUGGAGAUGCUACACUUCUUCAAACAAAAGUAAUGCCCCUUGAUGAUGCAAAGAGAGCUGGUGCUAUUGCAAUGUUCGGAGAAAAGUACAGCGAACAGGUUCGUGUUGUAGAAGUUCCAGGUAUAUCCAUGGAACUCUGUGGUGGGACCCAUGUCAGCAAUACUGCUGAAAUACGUGCCUUCAAAAUAAUGUCAGAACAAGGUAUUGCAUCUGGAAUCAGGCGUAUAGAAGCAGUUGCAGGUGAAGCCUUCCUCGAAUACAUGAAUGCCAGAGAUUCCCAAAUUAAACGUCUAUGCUCCACUCUCAAAGUGAGAGCUGAG